GUGUUGAUGUCAUUACAUCUAUAAAAACAAGUACGGAUAUGUUUGAACAUUACUAAGUGUGUUCAUGUUUUGUGUUAAAGUGCGAAUUGUGUGCAAAAAAAUAAUUAAAAUUUAGUGUACGAGGUAUCAUGCUUACUCUAAUAUUGGUGAGCGCUCUGCUCACUAUUAGCUCGGCGAAUAACCCGAAGGAUGACGCGCAGUACAUGAACCUACAAGUCAAGAACGUCAAGGGAGGAGGAAGCAGUUAUGUUUACAGAGGAGGAGAUAAUAUUAACAGGUUUUUCAAUCACACGCAACAUGGUUAUGUCCAAGCCACGCAGACCAACCACGAGAUUGGUGUUUGCUAUAUGGAGGUCCCGACGUCGACACUUGUACGCGACCCAAAACAUAUACCGGCUGGAAAUGGCUCGCGUCCAGAACUGAGCCGCAUCCGCACCUAUUGCCAUGGUUACAUCCGCAACAUCCACAACUACCUCAUCUGCGAUCCCGUCUGCACUCCCGAAUGCGUCAACGCUCUCUGCACUGCCCCAGGAGUCUGUUCAUGCUUUCCUGACCAUGUAAUCAAUCUUGCCGGAUUCUGUGUCGCCACCUGUCCUAUUGGAUGCCAGAAUGGGCACUGUGAUGGACAACGGUGCAUGUGCAAGGAGGGUUUCAAGCUGGAUGUCAGUGGAAGAUUCUGUGUGCCGCACUGCAGGGAUAACUGUGGUGGGACUGGAAACUGCACAGCUCCAAACACAUGCGAAUGCAAGCCCGGAUACUCUUCAAGUCUUGAUGGAUCCUGUAGGCCUGGCGGGCCGUCGUACUCCCAGGCUCAGCACCCUGGAACACCUGGUGUCCCCGUGCCUUUGCACACCGGCCUUGGCUCACAGUCCCCUGGUUCACAGUCCCCAUGUGGGAGCUGUUUAAACGGGUACUGUUCGGGGACAGAAUGCCGCUGCCGUCCGGGAUAUUUGCUGUACAGGGGAGAGUGUAAAGCGCUUUGCAAUCCGAGUUGUGUACUUGGAAAAGAGUGCGUUGCACCUAAUGUUUGCGCAUCAAAAGCACCUGGCGUGAAUGCAACACAAUCUCACAACACGCCACAGUACCCAUACCCCAACCCAAGCCAAACUCCAUACCAAAACCCGGGUCAAUACCCCAAUGGACAAUACCCACAAAAUCAGAACCAGUAUCCUCUCCCUAGCCAAAACCCAAACAACCAGCAUAAUCCACAAUAUCCUAAUUCUGGAAACCAUACCGGCCAACAACCGAAUCCCAUCUAUGCACCGUACCCUGGUCAACAGAAUCAAUAUCCAGGUCAGCAAAAUCAAUAUUAUCCAGGCCAGCCAAAUCAAUAUCCUCAACCAUCACCAAAUGGAAAUAACGCGGGAUAUCCAAACCAACAUCCACAACCAGGCCACCAGCAUCUGUACCCUCAACUUCCUUCUAACUAUCCUAAUACUCCUCAGCACAACCAGGGAGUCAACGGGACAAGUCCAAGACCAGACGGCCAGACCUUUUAUCAGGGUCGUCCGUAUAAUCCUUUUGAGAACGUAACCUUCAACUUACAACAAGGAUCAGAUCAGACUUCAGGGCACGGUCAGAACGCAACCCAAGGGCAUUAUGCUGGAGGGCAAUAUUCACAAGGCCAAUACGGCCAAGGACAAUUUAACCAGGGACAAACUAGUCAAGGACAAUUUAACCAUGGUCAAACCAGCCAGGGACAAUUUAACCAAGGACAAACUAGCCAAGGACAAUUUAAUCAAGGACAAACUAGCCAGGGAGAAUUUAACCAUGAGCAAACCAGCCAAGGACAGUUUGGACAAGGACAAUAUACCCAAGGGCAAUAUCAUCAUGGGCAAUAUGGCCAAGGCCAGUACAACCAAGGACAAUAUGGCCAGGGCCAGUACAACCAAGGACAAUAUGGCCAGGGUCAUAACCAGCAAGGAUAUUAUCCUUAUCCUGGACAACAGGGGCCUUAUGGUCAGAAUGGUGAAAGCCAACAAGGGCAAAUAUCAAGCAACGGAUUUGGGAAUUGUGAACAACCCUGUAUAAAUGGAAACUGUGUCGGGACAAACAAAUGUGAAUGUCUACCAGGAUACAAUCUGGACCCUACGGAUUCUACUGGCAACAGGUGCGUUCCCUAUUGCCACGGCGGCUGUCUCAACGGUUACUGCGGGUCACCGAACAACUGUGUCUGCUCAGAAGGCUACCACAAAGACUUCAGUGUCAAGGGCCGAUCAGGGUGCGUCAAACGCGUGAGACGGUCAGCUGAACCUGUCAAUCUUGCUGAUGUCCUAGUCUUUGAGAUUCCUGAUACUGAGUAAUAAUAAAGAUAUGUUUGAAGUGACGAUGUUAUUGAAGACAGAGGUGCCAUAAUGUAGUCAGACUCUUAAGUUUUUAGUCAACGUUACCAGUUUUAAUACGCUUGGGUUAUAUAAAGCUUUACAAGUACUUUUUAAUUACGAGUUAAAACACAUAAGUGUCAAAAUUGACUAAUAAAGUACUAUUUAGAUCUGAUUUAUAUUUACUCUCACUAUAAAAUAACGAUUGUAAGUGUGAAAUUUGUAUGUGAUACCUAAAUGAUCUGAAAUAUUGAAGGAUAAGUACUAAAAUUUAUACUUUAUUGAAACACACGAUAUACUUUGUAGAACUAUAAUUAAUGACAAUAUUAUUUGUACAUUUUAAUUUAUGAUUAUGACAAGAUUUUAUGAUCAAGUGAAUAAAAUGUUUUAUAAAAUCA